GUUGGAGCCCGGAAGGGUUGGAAGCGAUCAUGAACGCGACGAUGGUCAAACCGUGACUAGGAGGGGAAACCUCCCCUCUUGAGCAUCUCAGUGAGAUGAUUCUGCGUCUAACACGCUCCGUCGGGUCAAAAGGAAAGAAGACAACAGGCUGUUUUCCCGUCUAAACUGCAGCUGCGUGACAAGCCUACAUGGUGUGUGUUUCCUGCCCAGAGUUCGGAUGUGUGGUCGUCCAGGGAUGGAGAGCUAUGAGGAGUUCUUUCUGCGGAGUUUGGCCAUACUGCAGGAGGGGAAACUCAAGAAGAAGACACGUGAGCCGCCUUGUUCCCUGAAAGUUCGGUCUGUCAUCCGCUUUCACGGAAGAUCUAUACUUUCGCCUCUGCUGAAUGCAGAGCAGCACUCUGAGAUGUUUGGCUACAGACAGAGGGCGAUCCAGCUGGAGCAGAACAGAGAGUACCUGCAGAGAAACAAGCCUUUGGCCCCAAGUCAGGACAUAGUGGAUCAAGCUCAGGUGUAUAAAGUGCCAUGUGAGAAAAAUAUCCACCAACUAGUUUGUAAAUCUGCUACUCUCAGCGGCUACACUUUAGUCACAGACUCACCUGGACUGCCCAAAGUUGCUGGAUUUAGGUCAGAGGUAGUAGAGCCACCUUCUACUCCAAGCUCUGAGAUUCCCAUAAUCAAUGGUUAUAAAGAGGAGGAGGCUUUAAAAGUGGAGAAUCAAGAGAGGAGUGAAGAGGAAGAGGAGGAAGAUGAGGACAUAAGCUUAGACAGCCUUCUUAAGAGAUCAAGGGAGUAUGUGCAGCGGGAGCAGAGAUCAGCAGAGAUGGGUGACCCGAUCAGCAAGACUUCCCCAGCAGAGAUUAUUUCUCUCAAACAUCAGCAGAGGUGUAGCCCCAUCAGGGACACAAGUGUUGAGUUUGGAUUCAGUCUACAUCAUAGCCUAGUUGGCCCAUCUCCAAUUCAGCACCAGUCUAUAUUUGACCUGAGCCCACAAAAGCCCGUUCCUCUCUCACCUAUCAAACCAGAGCAAUAUGCUCGUCUCCCUAGUCUGGAGUCCAGCAUCAGUCCCCAUCCUUGUAGACGUAAACCACGGCCAGUUUCUACAGGGAACAUCCACGUCUCGUUUCCCAUUGGCCCUGCAGACCUUAUCCCUCGAAGCCCGGGGAGGUUAGAGGACGAGGCUGGUCGGGUGGAUUGGUCAGAGGCUCUGUCAGCUGGUUCCCUCUGUAGCUGGGGCUUAGAGGGGGGGGGAUGGCAACCAUCCAGUCACUGCGGUACCAGUCCAUUACAGGAGAACAAGAACCCUGUGAGUGCCUCUGUACCCAUGACACACCACGAUCAGCUGUCUUUAGGAUUCCGCCGGCGCUGCCACACGCUGGACAGCCAGCUAAAUACCUUCCAGUCUAGAGCUGAGCAUGUUGACCAAAGUCAGGAAAGGGUCCCUCGCUUCAUGGCAGGCGUUACGUGGCUUGCUCCAAGUAGGCGCACUCCUGCAGCCCUUUCAAGCCAGUCAUACAAGAUAGAAAGCUCUUCUCCAUGUCUGCUGAGGCCUGGUGGGAGUCCCGAUGACCACCAGGGGCCAAACAAUAGCAAGAAAACACCAGCUGUCCUAAAAAAUACACCUGAUUUACAGUUCCAGUCAGAGGAGACCCAGUGGCGAGCACAGGCUCUGGAAGACAUGCAAAGGCGUUUAGAGGAGGAACAUGCCCUGCAGAUGUCCAUGCUUCUAGCAGAGCAGGAAAAGGAGCAACAGCGCCUCCAUCUGACGCUUGAGAAGACAGAGAGAAGACUGAAGGAGCACGAGUGUGAGCGGCCGACAAGUGGCGGCACAUUUGAUUGGAGCUAUCGGUCUGUGAGUGGCAGCUGCCCCAUUAUGAGCCCGUCCUGUCCAGGACUGAGCCCCAUUCACACACCAUCAGAGCGCACGUCUGGACACGCUAUAGGUUUUCCCAGCCAGGUUUCUUCUAAUGUGACGACUCACUCCGCCCAGCCUGCUGUUUACCUGCGGUGCUCUUCACGGGCAGCAAGCAGCUCCAGAGCGAGGCUAAGUUUGGUUCUAACAGCAGAGCAUCAGAAAGCUUUCUGUCAAAUUGGCGCCAUGAUUCGUGGCUUCCUCAUCCGUAGACUUCUCAAAACAGAGAAGGUGAAACAUCUGCGCCAAACUGUUGUGGAUACGCAAGAAUUCACUCAAUCAUUUGACACUGAAGCUGCACAGAAGAGAGGGACCUACACAGCACAAGAUCUCUCUCUGCAGGAGAGAGUCAGAGCCCAGUUACGGGCAGCCCUGUAUGACGUCCAUGAGAUCUUCUUUGAAAUACCUUUGAGGGGCCGAUUAGCGCUUCUGCAGCAGGACAGGGAGCUACGUGCAGAGAGGAAGCUUCGUGACCUGGAGAAAGCCAAGUGUCCCAAAGAAAGAGUGUCUCUCUCUGCUGCCACCCAGAGGUCCCUGGACAGGAAGAAGAAGACCAGUGAAUCCCCAGCACCGGUCAGGAAGGUGCAGCACAAGCCAAAAAGCCCCACCACCAACAGAGUUUUGAAGCCAAGUCAGGGCCAGACCUCCUCUUCUCUAGGCCAGCUGAACCGCCAGGGGAGCUGGUACAGAAAAACUCCAGAAGAGAGAGUGAGACGCUUGGACACCGUGAAGAAGCAGCACUCUUUGGGUUAACCAACACAUUAAUGCCUGAUCUGUGAACUUGAAUUUUUAAUCUUUUAUUACAAAUCUUGUACCAGUGAAACCAUUACUGUCAGCGCUGCAAAUUUUCACUCAAAUCUCUGUGUUCACCAUCACACUGUAGCCCACUGGUGAAAAGUAUCUUAUUGUGCAAUUUUUUUAUUAUUACCUUCUUUUUUUCAACAACUGAUUGUAUAACAAGAAUGUAAUGCGUGUUGAGUAAUUAAAUAUGUAGACUGGUGUUGUUUUGAGGAGAGGCAGCUACUCGCUGACUGAAAGUAAGUCAGAGCCAAAAGACAAGUUAGAAAUCUAUCUGUGCCUGAGAACUACGGCUUGUUGCCAGCAUGUUUAUUCUCUAUUUAUCUGCUGUGGUCAUAGAAAAUAAGUUUUAUGAUAAUGUACGUAUCUUAGAAUUAUAAUAUAUUGUGCCUUGCAAAUUUAUUCAUACCCUUUGACCUUCCCCAAAAUUCACCUUAAAACCACAGACUGCAAUGUAUUUAUUUGAUUUUUACAUGAUAGACUAAAACAAAUGUGUGCAUAAUUGUGAAAUGACAAAAAAAGAUGAGGUUUUUUUUUUAAAACCUUUUAAAAAUAAAUCCAUUCUCUGA